UCCAAGGAACGUGACGCCGACGUCAAUGUCGACGACGAACGCCUGCGCGACAGGGCCCGUCGUUCCAAAUCUGAGCGCAAGCCUGACCGAGACCGCCCCCACCGCUCCUCGAAAUCCGCUCGCAGCUCCAGCGACACGCAUUCGCUCACCUCGUCCACCAGGCGCCACCGCAAGAAGGAAUCUGACCGGGACCGAGAUAGGGAUAGAGAUCGCGAUCGAGACCGCGAGAGGGACCGGGACCGGGACCGCCUGCUGCCCCAGCGCCCAGUCAGCAUGUCCGACCUGACCGUCGACGCAAUGUCCAAGCUCUCCAUCGAAAAGGACCGCAUCUCGCUGCCUUACCCGUCGUUUAACAAGGCGCACAGCAAAGAGGCCGUCAACAGCCGCGAAGACAUUGCCGGCUCCUCGACCUCUCAGGCCAAGGCUUCCAGCCCGCUGACGCCUGAGCCUACCGACGUUGCCUCGGGUGGCGGAGAUCAGGAGCGUCGAUCCAAAAACCAUCUCGCCCCUGACGACAUUCCUCGAUCAGCUUCCAAACGGUCGUCCCGAUCUCGACCGCCCACACCUCCCGAUACGGACGUCUCUGCCGCCAGGAAACGCGCCGAAGAACUUCUGGACCGCGGCAACAGGUCUACGGUUUCCAGGUCGGCGUCCCGUGCCGCCGAGGAGAAAUCCUCAAGGGUUAGCCGCCGCUCGUCAACCAGCGCCGCGACCUUGAUACGCUCACCCACAAACAAGAUUCACGACAAGCUUCGGUCGUCUGUCCUAUCACGCUCGUCCAGCACGGCCUCACAUUCACGCCACUCAUCCAAGCGGUCAUCGUCAACUCGCAGCGCAAAAAAGAGCAAGCCUGAGCCGCUCCACGUCGACUCGUCUCCCUCCAGUGCCCAGGACUCUUCUCCCAAGACGCCAACUCAGGCUCAUCAAUUCCCCUCUCAUCUCUAUGGCGACUCGAAGCGAUCUCGCACCCCCGCCUCUGGCGUUGACGGCGACGACUAUGCAUCCACCAUUGCCUCAGGUACGGCCACGCCCGCCAUGAAGGCGCCCUCUCAUCCUCCGCCGCCGAUCCCGCCGCCACCUCCGCCUCCUGCCGUUGAUGUCCUCGACAUACCCAGGGUGGACUACCUACUGCAAAACGGUGGUCUGUCGGCUCCCGUUACGAGGCACUUUUUGUCCGUUCUACCCGUCCCAAACGGCAGCUCCAGGCCCUCACAAUCACCACUCUCCGGCGCCGAGACGCUCUUCACGCCCUUUGUGAGCCUCCUGGACCAGUAUCAUACCGUUCUCACAAAGCAAGGAUCGGUCGCCGUGGCCACUGGCCAUCGAUCAGUCGCUCGUCGUCUGCUUGACCGGCUGGAGAAUGUCUUUUCUCGAGACUUGCCACCCCACGGCUGCUCCUGCAUCAUAUGCGAAAAGUCCAACGAACCCCACCGCGGCUUGAACUGGGGUGAUGUGCUCGAAUGGGUCAGCGGUCGCAUUGAACUGCCCCAAUGGCCGCCCUUUGAUUUGGCAGACAUUGGCAGCAAGGCGGCCGAGGUAUCAGGAGAAACCCCCCGGAGGCCAGACUCUCCCAUCCAACUGGACCCUGAUAUCGCCGAGGAGUUUAGAGAACACUAUCUGCGGCAGUCAAAGAAGGUCCGGUCUGCCGUCGACAAGUGGCUUCACAGCACAGGCGAAACGCCUGUUCCACCUCCCCAGGAGGUCGAUGACGAGACGCUGAGCUUCGCCAUCCUGACCAAUCUCGACGCCGAGGACCGGCCCUAUUUCAACGCCCUCUUAUCCGGAUCAAAGGAGCUGAGGCCUGCCACCCGUGCACCCACUCCGCUUAACCGACCACGCAACGAUUUCAUCAUCAAGACUGGUCUCUCCUUGCAGCGGCUGUACCGCCUUCAGCAGGUUCCUCGUGAUGCAGAGAGCGUUACCUAUCUCAUUAAGAAUCGCCAUACCCACGACCUUCUCAUCACCCUCUCCAACAUUAAUAGCCAAGAAUGGGAGAUUCUAACAUCAGGCCGAUUUGACGGAUUCUUAUGGUCGGGCGCUGACGGCGACGAUUUUGGCGGCGUGGAGUCGAGAGGCCCAACACCCUUCCGCGGUCCUUCAGCCAUGGGUUCGCGAAACGGCACUCCUUUCUCUCCAUACUCCCGCAAUGCGACUCCCGCGUCUUUCAUCAGCCUUACUUCCUCCGGUAUGGGUGGGAGCCGACCCCCGGUAUCCAACGAUGAGGAGAUGGAGAUGGCAGCCAUUGCUGAGAUUGAGCGAGAGAUUUACCAGGGCAUGGAAGCGUUGGAGGAUGCUUUUGAAAAGCUGCACCACCAGGCAGAGAUUGUUCGGACUGCACUGCGACAGCGUGGAGCCGGCCUUAUGCAGAAUCUCCAGAGCCGAAAGCGCAUCGACGUGCUCUCUAUUCCCGGCUCUGGCAACUCUCUAAACUCAACCUACGAGCGACCUGCAUGGGCUGAGAGCGAUGCUGGCAACGCCAGCGAGGAGGACUGGCAGAUGGAGGAAUAUGAUCUCUACCCCGAUGACUCGGCCAGCAAUAUCAGCAGCAGCCGACACAGGCGGCCCAAGAGACGCGUUGAGCGUCGCACUCCGGCCCCCAUUGAAGAAGAAGAGGAAUAGACGCGAUAUGAGUAUCGAUUUGGAGCAAGAGCAAAGAAGACAGAAGAGAAGCAUAUGGAAGAUAUACGAAUAAUCUACGAGCCACGAAUGGAAGCCUGCGAGUUUGAGUUUCAAGUUUUUUUUCCCUCCUUUAUUCAACAAGCAAGCACUUGCGCAGUAUGAUGUAUUUUCGCUUGCGUUCGCAAUACAACAAGGGUGGAAGGAUGAGAAAUAGGGAAGGGAGGCACGUGUGUGCAUGGGAAAGAAUGAAGAGAGAAACGGAAGGCAAGAGGAAGUGGGUUUGGGAGGAUUCUUAGAAAACAUUUCACAGUCUUACGAAAAGGAAAAAAAGAGUUGGUUACGACUUGCCCACGAGGCAGGCAACGUUCAAAGGCUGGGGCACAUAUUGGAGUUGAUAUUGACAAUGUGACCUUGCCGGAUACCACAUCUGUUGUACGGGAUUUUUGUUGCCUUUACUGUUUUGGUCUUGUCUUGUUUAUGUCAUCUUGUCUUGUCUAGCUAGGAUGCUGUUGUUGGCGAGCAGAGGUUUGAUGUUUGUGUCCUCUCUCUUUUUUUUUCUACGCGUUGUCUUUUAUUACCGGUUUUUUAAUGUGUUGCAUGGUCAUAUUGGUUAUUCUUAUCAUUGUCAUUGUCAUCACCUACUUUCAUGAUUGUGUCGUUUUUUUUAUUUUUUUGCUAGUUAUUUUGGGAAUGAGGAAGAAAGCUACAUGCUUGUGUGAUCUAUUUAUGCCACAGAGCGAGCAUGGCAACAGGGUAGUCUCAUCAGUCUUUUCGUUGGUGGAGACGAGAUUUAUUAUGAAUGAGAGUUGUUUAACGCAGUGUUUUGCCGACGAUGCUUGGUUCCAUUUUAUAAUUGCAGAUUGAUCAUUGAGGCAAGCUUGUGCUUCUCAACAGUGACUGGCUCUUCAAGAUAUGAUCUCCUAAUCAAGCAAAGCUGCGAAGCUGCUUUGCGAAGGUACCACCGGAGUCAAAUGCCAGCUUCCAGCUUUGCUUUUAUUAAUUAGAUAAAAUGCCAAUGCUAGGGAAGUCUAAAUAAAUCUCAACUAGCAAUUAGUCCUUUUUGCCUAAGUUUACCGCUUUUUAAUGUAAACAAGACUCUGUUUUGUUGUUGCUUUACAUAUAAAACGCAAGUCUCGCGAUGUUGCUUUUGUAGAGUUGAAGUGUUUUUGUAUCUUGGAUUAAAAAUAAAUUACAAUUACUACUUUAACGCUCUAUCAGCCAUGUAAUUAGGUUCAAACAACGCGGCUUCGAUCAACCUAGGCGGCUUCGUUCGAACAAGGUAAAGAGGCUAGAG